UGUUUGAGUCUUUCACGAGUGCGAGUGCAACUGUUUUGUCAUAAAGUACCUGAUCAUUAGAGUCAUCUAUCGAAAUAUGAUGAAAACGAAAAGAGCUUAAUAGUUAUUUGCUAUGCCAGCAGGUGGCAGUAACUAUGUCACAAUCCACAAAUGUAUAAUUUAAAUUUAGAGGAAUAUAUGUAAAAAUAUGAAGUGUACAUAGUUUAAAUGCCAAUAAUUUAUAUAAGAUUCUUUGAACGUGGUAUAUUUAAAUAGGACACACAAGGCUAAUACUAAUUUUAUUUCAAAAUUUAGUCGAUUGCUUGGAGUUUACUCUUGUUGCCAUUUCUCAUUUGACAUAAAGGUAUUUUGAUAACUUGAAAGACACCUGUGACAAGUAAAUAUUGGAAAAAAAUAUGUGACAAAAUAUUGAUUUUACUGUAAUCGUUUUAAUUAACGCAAUAAAAAAACGUUCAAGUAAUUAUGAAACGUGCAUUCGUCUACUUAAGUCAUAAGAAACAGAAUGGCAAAGUUUUGGUUGUGGAAGACACGCUUGAAGCCUUUAAAUUGGAAAUAUCAAAUGUUUUUGAAAUAGGCGGAGAUUUUCGCUUAUUCACUGAAAAUGGUUGUGAGAUUGUUGACGUUCGAGUUAUAAGAGACGACGAGAAGCUGUAUGUCAACUGCGGCGAUAGCAAAAGCUGUGAUACUAUUGAAAGUUCCUUGGCAAAAUUAUCAUUGAAUAGGUGUUCCGAAGUAUCGGAUUGGAUAACACUAAAUGUGGGGGGACGUUAUUUUACUACUUCUCGCUCAACAUUACAGUCUAAAGAGCCACUUUCGAUGCUGGCUAGAAUGUUUGCUGAUGAUAAUAAUAUGUAUUUAAUGAAUCCAAGUGCCACAGACUCGAGGGGAGCGUACUUAAUAGAUAGAAGCCCAGAGUAUUUUGAACCUAUUCUAAACUAUUUGAGACAUGGAGAAGUUAUAAUAGAUAAAUAUGUAAACCCUAGAGGUGUUCUAGAAGAGGCUGUAUUUUAUGGUAUAGAUUCAAUGAUUCCACAUAUUCAAAAGAUUAUAGAAGAUUCUAAAUCAUAUGAUAGUAAUCAUGCCUUAACAAGAAUGGAUGUUGUCCGAGCUCUGAUAAAAACAUCCACAUCUAUUGAGCUGAGGUUUCAAGGAGUGAACUUAGCCGGAGCUGACCUGAAUAGAUUAGAUUUGAGAUUUAUUAAUUUUAAGUAUGCCUUCUUAUCUCGGUGCAAUUUGAGUGGUGCUAAUCUGUCUUACUGCUGUCUGGAAAGGGCGGACUUGUCGCAUGCUAAUUUAGAAGGUGCCCAGCUUCUUGGAGUUAAAGCUUUAUGUGCUAACAUGGAAGGUGCUAAUUUAAAAGGUUGCAAUAUGGAUGAUCCUCACGGUAACAAAGCACUGAUGGAAGGCGUUAAUCUUAAAGGAGCAAAUCUAGAAGGCAGUAAUAUGUCGGGGGUUAAUUUGAGAGUGGCAACACUAAAGAACGCCAACUUACAAAACUGCGAUCUGAGGACGGCUGUGCUCGCCGGUGCAGAUCUGGAGUGUUGCGAUCUGUCGGGCAGUGACCUCCAUGAAGCUAAUCUACGUGGUGCCAACCUAAAAGACGCGGCUUUCGAACUAAUGCUAACUCCACUACACAUGUCCCAAACUGUUAGAUGACUUUUUUAUUAAAAAACAGUACAGUAACAAACAAGUGUAUGCUAUGUUUAAAAAACAGCAUAAUGAAUAUUACGCUUUAUUAAAAUUAUAAAACACAA